AUGCAUCUUACGGUUAAUGGUUCAUUUGGCAUCUCUGACAACUUCGUCAGGAACCAUUCGUCCUCGGAUUUCGAUAUUCAACGUCUGGAAGAAUUUGGGUCGAAAGAGAUCGAUAUGAUCUCUGGCAAGAAUAUGUACGAGGUGCUCUCGGCGCUGGUCCCGCUGUACAUGGCCAUGUUCCUUGCCUUCCGGUCAGUUCAGUGGUGGGGAAUGUCCACACCGAUGCAGUGUGUCGGGAUCAACCGCUAUGUGGCCAUGUUCGCUGUCCCGGUCCACGGCUUUAAUUUCAUCGCAACCUCAAACCUCUACGAGAUCAACUACAAGUUCAUCGCUGCCGACACCAUCCAAAAGGUAGCCAUCCUCCUUGCCCUUGGAGUAUUGUCCAUGAUUGUCUCAGCCAAGCCCAUCGGAGGAGGACGCUUCGGCCCCGAGUGGUCCAUCACCCUCUUCUCCCUGUCCUCCCUCCCUAACACACUCAUUUUCGGCAUUCCUCUCCUCGAAGCAAUGUAUGGCAAGCCUGCCGGCAUUCUCAUAGUCCAGGUGAUCGUCUUUCAGAGCGUCAUCUGGUAUAACCUCUUUCGGCUCCUGUUCGAGUACCGAGCAGCCAAAAUUCUCAUCAAUGAAUGUUUCCCUGGCUCUGUCGGUGAGAUUACCUCGAUCAAAGUUGACUCGGACGUCGUAUCCCUUAGCGGCAUUGAACCCCUGGAGAUGGAUGUUGACAGGGACGUCGAUGGCAGGUUUCAUGUCGGGGUGAGGCGGUCUCCAUUGCUUCCUCAAACAACAACUUGUUUCGGUUAUCUUCAAUCAGGAGCGACACCACGCGAGCGUCAAAUCUCAGUGGGGUCGAGAUCUACUCAGUACAAUCUUCUCCAGUGGGAUCAAUCUCGAGCUUCCACUAUGCAGGCAGAGAGCCAGAGAGCGGGGUGCCGAUAA